GUUGCUGAUUCGAACGCUCACCAUAUAUAUUUUGUUGAUAUAGUCGUUCUGUCCAAUCGAUGAAUUGUUUGUGACAGCUGGUAUAGUUGCCUUAGCGCCACGUGAACAUCCUACAGUUAGCAUAGAGCGGGCAAAGAUUGCGGUGAGGGCAGUUUUUAAGAACCUGCACAACGUGUGUUGAGCAAAGAUCGCUAACGGCCUGUGCGCAUUUUAGCACCACGUGCUGCUGUUGCUCAUCGCUGAGCUCCGCCAUGAUGCUCACCGGCAGAUGAGACAUCUUCGUCGGAGACGAAUUUCAGUAGGAAUUAUACUUUUAAAAUGGUCACAGUUCAAUGUUAGCAUUUAGAUGGCGAGCAUUUAGAUGGAGAGAUUAUAAAAAGAGGCCUUUAUUUAAGCAUUUUAGUAAGUCGACAAUUCUAAAGAGUCUCUGUAGCCGCCGCUUCAUUAAACAGAAAAUAAAAGCAACAGUCUUCUGGAGAAUUGAGCAUACGCUCCAAAUAGAACAAGUGUAAAUUUUCAAGGUGCAGACACGAGGGACAUCUUAGCUGUCGAGUAACAUUUAUGAAGAUUGUGACAGCCGUAAUGAUGGGACCGGCAUACCGUCAAAGGGCGCGAACCACACAGCUGACAGCUGAGUUGCCCAAGGAGCCCUAAUCGACAUUUGAAAAUCAGCUAACUAUAUGACCAAAGUUAUAUUCAAAUAAGCUUGUAAUAAUAAAUAAGAACAGCCCAGACGCCAGGAUGCCACCCACCUCCGAAACGGCCCAACUCCGGGUUGACCAGUCCCUUCUACAACCUUCGAUGAAUUCAUUUGACGUGUUGCACACAUCCGAAGACGACACGGUACUGUUCACGUCGGAAUCAGUGGGCGAAGGACAUCCUGACAAGAUGUGUGACCAAAUCUCUGAUGCUAUCCUCGAUGCUCAUCUUGAACAAGAUCCUUACGCAAAAGUGGCUUGCGAGACAAUCACGAAAACAGGAAUGAUCAUGGUGUUCGGCGAAAUUUCAUCCAAAGCUCAAAUCGACUAUCAGAAAAUCGUGCGCAACACGGUCAAGGAAAUUGGCUACGACUCGUCCGAAAAAGGAUUCGAUUAUGCCACGUGCAAUGUUCUCGUUGCCAUUGAAGAACAAAGCCCAGAAAUUGCACAAGGGGUCCAUAAAGAAAGAAGAAUAGAAGAUAUUGGCGCCGGCGACCAAGGCCUUAUGUUCGGUUACGCUACCGAUGAGACGGAGGAGUGCAUGCCCCUCACCGCUGUACUAGCUCAUCGACUUAAUCAACGGCUUUCAGAACUUCGUCGAAAUGGAACGUUCCCUUGGGCUCGACCGGAUACAAAGACACAAGUGACCUGCGAAUACCGUUUUAAGGCUGGACGCACCGUGCCUCAACGUGUGCACACAGUCGUCGUUUCGACACAACACAACGCAUCGAUCUCGCUUGAAGAUUUACGGAAACAGGUUUAUGAAAAGGUUAUUAAAGCUGUUAUUUCACCGCACAUGAUCGACAACAACACUAUCGUCCAUAUCAACCCUUGUGGACGAUUUGAGCAGGGAGGCCCAAUGGGUGACGCUGGGCUGACAGGCCGUAAAAUCAUCGUGGACACCUAUGGAGGUUGGGGAGCUCAUGGCGGUGGAGCGUUUUCCGGUAAAGACCCAACCAAAGUAGACCGGUCGGCAGCUUACGCUGCUCGAUGGGUAGCGAAGUCACUUGUCAAAGCCGGAGUCGUUAGCCGUUGCCUUGUGCAGGUCUCCUACGCUAUCGGAAUCGCGGAACCUCUUUCAAUCACAGUUCUUCCGUAUGGCACCUCUAGAUAUUCACAAAAGGAGCUUCUUCAGAUCGUCCGUGAUAAUUUCGACCUUCGUCCGGGCAUUCUCAUACGCGACCUCAAGCUUUCUACACCCAUCUAUCAAAAAACGUCAACUUACGGACAUUUCGGCCAAAGCGAAUUCACAUGGGAGGUUCCUAAGGAGCUUAAGCUUCCAAGAAAAAUUAUUGAGUGACCAAUAACAAUAAUGUUAGGCAAAUUUAGCGAUAAUCGUAUGCUUGCGUUGAAUCCCGCCAAGAGUGUAACUAAUUCUGUAAUAAGAAUAUUUUUUAGCAAUCUUAGAUGAAGUGGUCAUUUUACCACAGCAGCUAAUUGAUUACUCUAUUUGUUGCUCUUAACACAAAUAUAUACCUUUACCUUCAAUAUAAUCGGUUUAUACAUGAGUACAAUCUCAUUUAUGAGUCAAUGGUACAGGCGAUCUAGGAGUUCAUUAAAAGCUGACUUUUUAAAAUAGAUUCCUGAGUUUUAAUUUUUAGAUAUUUAGGUUGAUAGCCUUAAACUGUCCACAUAUCUACCAAGAUAGGCGGUUGUUAUAACAAAACUUAAGUAAGAAGGUAAAAGAUGUUCAAGAAACUUUUAAGUCGACCUGUUCCUUAAUCAUUUGUACAGAAAGUCGCUUGAUGGAAGAAACAGAAAUUAUAUAUAUAUUUUUUUACCAAAACAGUUCCAAAUACUUCUGCAAUUGCACACGUUUCGUUUCCAGUUCCAUAUACCUCGUAAUUAUAUUUUUUUUUUACCAAAACUGUUCCAAACAUUUUUACAAUUGUACACGUUUCGUUUCCAGUUCCAUAUACCUCGUUUGUACAAUUGCCUUGUUUCCGUCGCUGAAGAAAAAGUGAUAAAAUUGCACAAAAAAAUUAUGCGAUCAGAAAUGCAUCUUAAGUCACUUUGACCACGGCUAACACUAGAAAGAUA